AUGGAGUCUAUUGCGUCAGACGUCUCAAACUUAUCACAGAUUAUACAAGAUGACUAUCCUAAGGAAACUGACAAUCAGCUAUCUAACGAACCUCUUAUGUUGUUCGUGGAAGAAUCGGCAAGAUUUGUGCAGAAUGUGACGUCAUGGCAAGUGAAAAAACCUGCAUUUUAUCAUGGCCAUAUUGCAUUUUUAGAUUUUGCCAGGUUUGGAGUAGUUCAAAAACCAUUGUAUAUAAAUAUCAUAAGGGAGCCACUAGCCCGACUAGUCUCAUAUUAUUAUUUUGUAAGAUAUGGUGAUGAUUUCAGGCCACAUCUUAAAAGGAGGAGAUCAGGUGAUUCACAGACAUUUGAUGACUGUGUAAUGAAAGAUGAAACGGAAUGUCAGCCUGAAAAAAUUUGGUUACAAGUUCCAUUUUUCUGUGGUCAAUCACAGGAAUGCUGGCGCCCUGGCAGUCAAUGGGCACUUGAACAAGCCAAGAAUAAUCUUGUUCAACACUAUUUCCUGGUUGGUGUUACUGAACAGUUGGAUGAAUUUAUUGGUGUUUUGGAGGCCAGUUUGUCGACUAUGUUCCGUGGUGCAUCUGAGCGGUUUCAGACAGGGGGUAAAUCACAUCUAAGGAAGACGUCCAAUAAGCAGCUACCAUCAGCAGAAACUCUCGCCAAGUUUCAUUCCUCCAAGAUAUAUCAGAUGGAGAAAGAAUUCUAUGACUUUGCUGUCGAGCAGUUUGAACAUAUAAAAAGAAGGACUAUAUCAUUUGUGGAAGGGAAACAUGUUCCCAUUCCUCAGCAAUUUAUGUACGAGAAAAUCCGACCUAGAUAG